AAAAAUAUAAUAAGUAUAUUCGUUAGUAUGAAUGUACAGAUAUCUCAAACGAUUUUGGAGCAGCUGUGAUUCCACGUUCAAGUGAAGCUGGUCCAAAAUCAUUUGAGUUAUCUGUAUAUAAUACGUAAAUGUAUAAUUUUAUCUAUGAAAAUAAUGGAACGUGCACGAGAGCAUGGACCUAAUGCACGAGAGCUCGUAAACAAGGGAAAUCAAAAAAAGGGGGGCGAAUAGACGCUAUUACGCAGGCGUAAAGGACAAAGAGGGGGCAGGAGACUGACCCAACAAAAGGGGCCCACUGUUUUCUUUCUCUUCAGUUUACUCUUGAAUCUUGAACGACUGUGAGUGAGAAUAAUAAAUUUUCUUAAUUGAGCAAUUUACCGUUUGAGUUAAAAUGGCAAAUGCAUUAUUACGAAUGGGUUUAAGAUCUGUGACUUCGAACACAUUUUUGAAAGAACGAGCUAUUUCAGCUUUAUACUGUGAGUUACCGAAGACAUACAACUGCGUUCAGCCAAACUACAAAUUGCAGUUUACGGAGUUGGGACACUUAACUCCAGAAGCUAAGACUGAAUUUAAAAAAGUAUUAAAUGAAAUGUGGGAGGAACAGUGGGGAGAGAUUAGUCCGUACAAUUUGAUUUGCAUUGAAAAAUAUUUGGAUAAAAUGCAACACGUCCUUAAUGAUCCGUCACUGAAAAAAAAGUGUCAUCACUUUUUGCCAUUUUUAUUUAAAGCAGUAGACAAAGAUCAUAGUGGAGAAAUUUCUGUACAAGAAUUCAAGUUAUUCUUCCAAUGCCUAGGUCUCACCCAUGACGACGCAGUUAUUGCCUUCUGUCAUAUCGAUACUAAUUGUGAUGGUAAAAUAAGUUUCGAAGAAUUUAUAACGUUGGGCCGCGACUUUUUCAUAACGGAAGAUCCGACAAAACCCAGUAAAUAUUUUUGGGGCCCCUUGGUGGAUUAAAUUUGUUAUCGCGUAAUUGCGUAUCCUGUAAUUUGUGAUAGUAAACUACUGUGUUCAGAGUAUCUGAUUUUAACACUUUCUGUGCGGACGAUAUUGUGCUGUACAGUGAAAAGAAUGAUAAUCCAGAAACUAUUGUCCAAUCGUAAAAUAGAUCAAAAUUAUGGUUCAGACGUAGAGACAGAAAGAUGAGAUAGGAAGAGGAGGGAGAUAAGGAAUAACUUGUGAUGAAUAUGUCUCUGAUUACCUUUGAUGUUGCCGCACAAUGCAUGAACGUACGAUUAGACAAUAUAUAUUUUUAUAUCUUUUAUAAUUGCAUCAAAAGUCGGGCAGAAAGUGUUAAAUAAAUCAGAGUGACUGUUACUUUCAUUCGUUAUAGUUAACGCAUAGCAUGUAAGUUUUUAUACUUUCUCAGAAUACAUGUUAUUGGAAAAUAAA